GGAGAGGAGAGUGGCCCCGGUCCGCAGCAGCUCGCCUUCCCUCCCCGAAGCUCCACAGACCGCCCCUGGGGCCCUGGGUAUUUUUAGCGUUGUGACCUGGGCGGCAGCUCUAAGAGUCUUUCUCUGGAGUCCGCGUCAGCGUCUUCCUUCUCCAAGGCCAGCCGGCGGCCACAUCAGCUCCUGGCACUUCCUUGGCCCUGCCUGGCUCAUUGGUUUUGGGUUCCUCAUGAGUUACCCCAGUGCUUGAAGACCUGGCCAAGAGCUGGGAUACACUGUGUCCAGAUGAGGUUUUUGGAGGAUGACAAUUCGGUCCUCACCCUAGAAAUUUUCCUGCUCCUGGUGAUGGGUUCAGAGCAGUGUACCAAGAAUGAGAGUGAGCGUACUGGGCUGUGUGGCCUGCAAAAUUCAGCACUGGGAGUCCAGAGGCCUGAUCUGCACUACCCAGACCCCACCCUUCUAGGUGGUACUUGGUAGCAGGGGAGGUAAGCCAGACAGAUGUGUGAGAGAGAUCUGCACUACCCAGACCCCACCCUUCUAGUUGGUACUUGGUAGCAGGGGAGGUAAGCCAAACAGAUGUGUGAGAGAGGAGGAGGACAACUCUCACAGAUCCAGAUCGGAGGAAAAGUGGCCAGUUCUCUAAACAGCUUUCCUUCACGGAGUCUUGCCAUGCAGUGUUCCAAGCAGGGGCUGACAUGGACCCAAAUCCCCGAGCAGCCCUGGAGCGCCAGCAGCUACGUCUCAGGGAGCGGCAGAAAUUCUUCGAGGACAUUUUACAGCCAGAGACAGAGUUCGUUUUCCCGUUAUCCCAUCUGCAUCUCGAGUCACAAAGACCCCCCAUAGGUAGCAUCUCGUCUAUGGAGGUGAAUGUGGACACACUGGAGCAGGUGGAAUUUAUUGACCUUGCAGAUCAGGAUGGAGCAGAUGUGUUCUUGCCUUGUGAGGAUUCUCCACCAACUCCCCAGAUGUCUGGAAUGGACAGCCAUCCAGAGGGACUGAGCCUGCCGGUACCCACACCAGACAGGACCACAUCCCGAACCUCCUCUUUGUCCUCUGACUCGUCCAACCUGCGCAGUCCAAAUCCAAGUGAUGGGGGAGCAGACACACCCUUGGCACAGUCUGAUGAGGAGGAGGAUGGGGAUGAUGGAGGGGCAGAGCCUGGACCCUGCAGCUAGCAGUGGGCCUCUUGAAGACUGACCAAUCUGGCUGUUCUCAAUGGGGAGGAGAUCCCAGGCCCAGCAGAGCACUCUGACCGGACACUUUCCUGACCAUCAGCACAAAGGGAGGAAAGGACUGGUGGAUGGUGGACCUGAGAACUAGCCUUCCCCCGCUUUCUGCUAACCUUCUCCUGCUACAACCCUCCCAGCAGUGGUUUUCCUCUGUGGUAGGACUUCCAGAUGAGAAGCGGGAAGAUGAGGUAGGACAAGAGGCCACUGCUUCCUUAGUACCCCCCUGCCCCUAAAUGACCCUGCAGUCUUCCACUAGAGUCUCCUGAGUCAGUGUCUCUGAAGGGGCGUUCUGAGGAGUUCCAUGUGGCACGCUGUGAGGUUGUCCUGCAGUAAUCCUGUCUCUGUAAGUCUUUCCAGAAGAGGACAUAGUGUACAUAAUAAACGAUAAUAUACCACUCA